UUGGACAAGCAUUGCUUUUGGUGUUCGGGUUCAUCUUAACAUGCCUUUCCAUUGGUCUUCAACAUUGCUUCGUAAGGGAAUCCCUGGCUCGGGAUUGAUUCGAAGUUUGACUCAAAAAUCAAUCCCAUUCAUAAGCUCAAUUCUCCGAGUUCAAGAGAGUGAAGAGUGCCUGACGAUAGAGACCAACAACAGUGAAUCAUAUUCGUAUCCGUUUCUUUGGCUCCGUGACAACUGCCAAUGUCCCCAAUGCUUCAACUCGAGUUCACAAUCCAGAUCAAGUUUCUUGCGCGAUCUACCCCCAAGUGUGAAACCAUCGGCAAUUCAAGUGAAAGGCUCUGGAUUGAAGGCACAGAUUACAUGGAAUGAUGGACACGAGAGCACUUUUGAGUCGCAAUGGUUAUUGGACAGGGUCUUUUCAGAUCACGUGGACAAACAAGUGGGAAAAAGAUCUGAGCCUACGGUAUGGGAUGCCAGUUACAAGUCCACAUUGAUGACUUUCGAUUACGAGGAAAUUUUGACCAAAAAGUCGACGAUGCUAGAGUGGCUCCAGAGUUUGGAUACGAUGGGGCUAACAAUGAUCUCGGGGAUGCCUCCAGAAGUUAAAUCUUUACCCACGUUGAUUGAAGCUGUAGCUUUUCCAAGAUCCACUCAUUAUGGCCAAUACUUUGAGGUCAUCGCCAAAGCUCAGCCCAACAAUACAGCGUACACAACCUCAGAGUUAAGCCUUCAUUUGGACUUGCCCUACUACAAAUAUAAGCCUGGGACUCAAUUUUUGCACUGUAUAAAGCAGUUUGAAGGCCAAGGAGGCGAUAACAGGUUUGUAGACGGACUGAAAAUAGCUCAAAUUUUGGCUCGCAGUGAACCCAAGCACUGGAACACGCUGAAGACCGUUCCAGUCACGUAUUGGGAUUAUGGAUCGGAGGAUAUGGUCGGCCGAUACCUCAAAUUCAACUCUGUGCCGACAUUUGAACUCGACCGGAGUGGACGACGCAUUCAUAGAAUCAACUACAGUGAUCAAGUUCGAGCCUCGCAUCAAAAUGUUCCUUUGGCCCAAGUAACCCCACUGUAUCAAGCUUUAAUUGCAUUUAGUCAAAUUGCAAACAGCCCUCAGAACUGUUUCUCCCUCAAGCUAAGUCCGGGUCAAUGUGUUGUUUUUGAUAACCUUCGAGUGCUACACAGUCGCGAGGGUUUCACUCAAUCAUGUGGAAAUGACCACGAGCCUCAGAACGACCUGAAUGGGGGACCUCAAUUCCCAAAAUCUCGUCACAUUCACGGAGCCUACAUUGAUUGGGACGAAAUUGAGAGCCGCAUGAACGUACUAAAACUCGAAAAACAGGAUUGAUGUCAGGGCAGCUCUACUUUGCUUUCAUACAAAUAGUAGUUUCUCAGUGGUCGAGUACUUAGCAUAGAAAUAAAAACCCAAGGCAUGUUCAGGAUAA